AUGACUAGAUUUGCUAGAGCCAAAGGUUCCAAAGCAUCAAACGAGAGAACUCCAGAAGACAGUACACCAUGGGAGGUUAUGAAAGAACAGUUGUUGCAAGCUAAAAAGGAUAAUGAGGAGUCUAAAAAGAGAAAAGAAGCUGAAGAGAAACGAAUUGAGAAUUAUGAGAACUUUUUAAAGGAACAGAAAGUUCUAAAAAGGAAAGCUACUUGGUGUGACUUUCCAGAAAGUGAACAAACACACACUAAUGCCUCUAUUAAUAAUGGGCCUGUAGAAAAAACUGGAAAGAAGAAUAAAAAAAAGAAAAAGAAUAAUGAACAACUUAAAACAGAAAUGAAUGUAAGCAAUGAAGUAGAGAAUACUAUAAAGUCUAAAAAGAAGAAACAUAAAAUUGAGACAGGUACUGAUCCAAAAACCAAUACGGAAAAUACAGAAUUAGAAGAAUCAAGUCAAAGUAAUAAGAAAAAGAAAAACAAAAAGGUAAAAAAAUCCCAAUUGAGUGAAGGUUUGCCUAAGCAUCAAUUUGAAAAUACACAAGAUGCAGUUGAAGCUAAUCCAGAAAGUAAUGCAAGUGAAAAAAUAAACAAUCAAAAACAACAAAAAAAAAAGAAAAAUGGUCCAGGCAAACCUAUGCGAAGGAAAGAGAUAAAUGACCAUAGUUUCCAACUUAUCAUAAACGGCAAAGAUAUAGAAUUGGUUAGGUAUGAUGGUUUCCCUGUUAUGAAAAAAGAUGCUGAAAGAAUAGAAGAGUUGAAAUCUAACAUGUUGAAAAAGGGUAUUCCAAAAAGUGAAGUUCAAAGAACAAUCAAGUUGGAAAGAAGACGAGCUGAGAAGGCAUUGGCUAGAGUAAAACGAGAUGUUUGCUACAACUGUAGGAAAGGUGGUCAUGUUUUGUCAGACUGUCCGGAGUUGAAGUCCAAGAUACCAGGAGCAGAUGGAGCUGACGGAGUCUGUUUCAAAUGUGGGUCUACUGAACACAGGCAGUUUGAAUGCAAAGUACAAAAAGAUAAUGAGUUUAGAUUUGCUACAUGUUUUAUUUGUAAAGAGCCUGGUCACAUUGCCAGGCAGUGCCCAGACAAUCCAAAAGGUCUAUACCCUAAUGGAGGUAAUUGUAGACUUUGUGGUGAUGUCACACAUUUAAGAAAAGAUUGUCCAACAGUUGAUUCCAGUAGUAAUAUAAAACUUCAGACAUUAGAAAGUGGCGAAAACAUUGAAGAUUUUGAUCAACAGUCAAAUAAUGUAAAACCUCAAGAGACCAGUAAAAAACCUAAGAAAAUAAAGUUCUAA